AUGCUCGCAUCAUUGACGUGGUCCAUCUUCAGCUCUUCCUUCUUCUCCACUUUCUUUCGUCCUCUUUCUUUCGUGAUAUCAUUAUUUCUUUCACUCUUUCUUUCUUUUUCUCUCUCUUUCUUUUCCUCUCGUAAGUAUCAUUUUUUCUCUUCCUCUUUCACUUUCUUUUUCUUCAUCUUUUUCUUUUUGAUUCUCUUUCUCUUCCUCUUUCUCUCUUUCAUUCUCUUCCGCUUUCUCUCUUUCAUUCUCUUCCGCUUUCUCUCUUUCAUUCUCUUCUGCUUUCUCUCUUUCAUUCUCUUCCCCUCUCUCUCUUUCAUUCUCUUCCCCUUUUCCUCUUUCUCUCUUUCUUUCUCUUUUUCUCUUUCUCUUCCUCUCUUUCUUUCUCUUUCUCUUUCUCUUCCUCUCUUUCUUUGUUUCGUAAUGAUCAUUAUUUCUUUCUUUCUUCCUCUCUUUCUUUGUUUUCUAUCUUUCUUUCUUCCUCUUUUCAUAAAGAUUCUCCCCCUCCGUUUAUCUUUUCUCUUCCUCUCUUUCUAUCAUUAUUUCUUUCUUAUCUUCUAUCUAAGUCUGUUCAUAUCUAUCUACGUCUGUUCAUAUCUAUCUGUCUCUGAUAAUUACGUAAAACGUUCCCAUCCGUCCGCAGUAGGUACCCCGUUCCUAUCCGUUCGCAGUAGGUACCACGUUCCCAUUCGUCUGCAGUACGUAACCAAUUUCUAUUCGUUCGCAGUACGUGCCCCCGUGCCUAUUCGCUCGCAGUACGUGCCCCCGUGCCUAUUCGUUCGCAGUACGUGCCCCCGUGCCUAUUCGUUCGCAGUACGUGCCCCCGUGCCGAUUCGUUCGCAGUACGUGCCCCCGUGCCUAUUCGUUCGCAGUACGUGCCCCCGUGCCUAUUCGCUCGCAGUACGUGCCCCCGUGCCUAUUCGCUCUCAGUACGUGCCCCCGUGCCUAUUCGUUCGCAGUACGUGCCCUCGUGCCUAUUCGUUCGCAGUACGUGCCCCCGUGCCUAUUCGCUCUCAGUACGUGCCCCCGUGCCUAUUCGCUCUCAGUACGUGCCACCGUGCCUAUUCGUUCACAGUACGUGGCCCCGUGCCAAUUCGUUCGCAGUACGCACACACACACACACUAUGUUCUUGA